AUGCUCGCAGGCAGCAAGAGCCCCGCUCGCACGGGUCAGCGCCGCACGGCUCCCCGCGAACACCAGCCCCAGCCCCUCCGCUCGCCCCCGCCGCACCGGGAGCGGCUGACGGGAAAUAAACAUCGGGGCGCGGCGUGACUUCAUUCCGCGCUCCCCGCCCCGCCGCAGGACGCUUUAAACGCCGCUCCCGCUCCUCGCCCCGCCGCCUGCACCGCUCGGACGGCGCCGCUCAGCCCCCGCGGGGCCGUCACCGGCGCGCCUCCCCCCGCUGCCCACAACCAACAUGGCCGCCGCGGCCUCCCUCCGCCAGCACGUGACGCCGCAGGAAGCCGCCUCCCCCCCCCCGCGCCGUUGCUAGGCGCGCGGAGAUCUCGCGAGAGCUGCUGUGGCGGCGGCGGCGGCCAAGAUGGCGGACGGGGCGGGUAGCAACGGGGACGCCGCGGCGCUGCCGGUGGGCAGGGAGGCAGUGGAGCGGCUGAUCCGGGAGAACGGGCACAUCUUCACCGAGGCGCAGUGCAAGGUGUGCAGCGCGCUGCUCAUCUCCGAGUCUCAGCGGCUGGCGCACUACCAGAGCAAGAAGCACGCCAACAAGGUGCGGCGGUACCUGUCCAUCCACGGCGAGGACGAGCUGGCGCCCGGCAAGAGGAUGAAGGUGGACGCUAAUAAGCAGGAGAGCAAGCAGGAAGGCAGCAACGGGGAGGACAGGAACAAGUGCUGCCCCAUCUGUAACAUGACCUUCUCCUCUCCGGCUGUGGCAACGUCUCACUACCUGGGGAAGACGCACGCCAAGAACGUGAAGCAGCAGUCCCCCAGAGCGGAAGAAGUAGCGCCCUCACAGAAACAUCCUGCUACGCUCCCCACCUCCACCGUGUCUUCUAACGAGGAGAACAAGGACAUUACUGACCCAGACAAGUUCUGUAGCCUCUGCCAUGCCACUUUCAACAACCCCCUUAUGGCAAAACAGCAUUACGUAGGCAAGAAGCACAGAAAGCAAGAGACCAAACACAAGCUGAUGGCACACUACGGCCGAACUCCUGAUGCACCGGCGGCGUCCUUUAUGGCUGGGAAGGGGUACCCGUGCAACACGUGUAACAUAGUUCUCAACUCCAUAGAGCAGUACCAGGCUCACAUCAGUGGCUUCAAACACAAGAACCAGAUGCCAGGAGCAGUGCCGGUUGUAGGACCCUUCCCACCACAGCAGUACGUCCGGGAAGAGUCGACUGCCCCAGGAGGCUACAGUUAUUUCAGCCAAGACUUCUAGAGCAAGUUGCAGCACUGUUCUUGGAGUUGUGUUGGUGGCCCAAGAACGCACAUCCUUUGCCAGCCCACAAAGGUUUCAUUAUCCCUCUGGAUAAGCAAAGCCCUACCCUCCUGUAUGCACCCGUCGAGCAGAACGGGGACUGAAUCUGUCCAAAAAAGGAUCCAGCUGGAAGAGACUUGGUAGACAGCAAA